AUGUCGCCGACCGGUAGCGCCCUGGUCUUGCCACCGCUCAAUUCAAAUUGGAAGCAAGCGGCCCCGGCAAAGAUCAAGCCCUGGGAGUGCCCUGUUGAACCUCCUCUUCCUCCCAAAAUCCCAGCUGCUCUGCGCCCGACCCCAGGUUACGCACGGCAAUAUCUUUACGAGGCGUACGAGGGGCGUCAAAUCAUACAUUCCGUCAUGUAUAGCGACCUCUUUGCACAAUUGCUUAUCCCACUUACCGGUAGACGAUCCAGCGCGCCUAGCAGACGUGGUGCGGUCACUGAAAUCAAGGGGCGUGGAACAUCGACUGCCACUGACAGCUCUAUCCAGCCUACGAAGAUUGCCUUCCUUCUGAAGUUGAGCGAGCAGCUACAGGAGUCAAGUGACGGAAUUACUGCACGCCCAGUCCUUGAGAACCAAGACCAAGAUAUCCUGAACCAAGCGUACUCGGACAUCGUAGACGACACAGGUGCAGCUUUCCGUAUGCGCAUCCGUCACGACCGCGAGCAGACAUUGCUGGAGCGCCAACUCGAGGAUAAUGGGUCGAUACGGCUACUGGAGAAAUGGUUCGCGUCUUAUCUGCUCGCCAACCACGCUGCCGAUGAAGUUGUCGACCUUAUGGCGGUGCGCCCUGGGAACGGCGAACUCAAGCAGCAGGUUUCGGCUGUCCGGACCAGAUUCCAGGCCUGGAGGAAGCUGGUCCCUAGCCUCGGCGGCACCAAGGUCAUUGCUGGGCGAAUGACGGCGCUGGCCAAAGCUGCCGUCGCUGAGAUUGAUGCGAGGCGGCUGGAGCUGGAGCCUGCAAGCUUGUUCGCCUCGCCGUUGAGCGACUACCCCUUGGUCCUAGCGCGCUCUAUUGGCAAGAAGCGCAAGGGCAUCGCCAACGGUACUGCCUUCAAGAACUUAGAAUUGGCUACGCUGCACGACGAAUCAAUAGUCAGCUUCGAUGCGUCGCGAUUAUCCCUCGAAAAGUUCGAAAGCUUGUACGGCUCUGCUGUGCUCUUCUUCUCUGGCGGUAACGAAAGACCAGUGAUACCUGGUCUGGAAAGCCCACAGACAGCGCCGACAAGGUGGAAGGUAAACCUGGCUUACUCAACGAUACCUUCAAAGCUUUUUACAGGCGAUGAGGUACCGGCUGGCAUCAACAAGGACGCAAUCCUCGCGGGGAUGGCGAGGAUAGAAGGGAACUCGAUCGAGAAAAUCGAGGCAAACGGUCACCAUUCGGCAGCAUGUAAAGCUAUUCCAGCCUCGUCGUAUGAGGCAGUUGUUGCCACCUAG